AUGAUCAACACCUUGAGCCCUUUCGUGCGUCGUGCCUGCCUUGAGACUUUGCUGCACCUCCAGUCAAGUGUCGCGCCAGAGUUGCUAAUGCACAAGAUUUUAUCUGCUCUUACAGAAUCUACCAGAAGGGGGAGGACGCGGACAAUGACUGGGAUUCGACAUUGGGAAACGAUGCCGCGAGCUCGACUGCUUCGAUUAGCUCGAGUAUCCUCGAGUAUCGCACCAUCAAUGGCCGAACUUACCACAGUGAUUCCGGGCCCCAAUGAUCAGAAGCAGAACGAGUUGCUGGAUAUCUUUCAUCAUACGAUGACCAUUGCCUUGGAUGGCGAUCUCUUCAAGGCGCCCAUUACGGAGGAUCCCAAGAAUGCUCUUGACCUUGGCACAGGCACAGGGUUGUGGGCAAUCGAUUUUGCCGAUAAAUAUCCGGAUUGCAGUGUGAUUGGCACCGACAUAUCCCUGAUUCAACCCACCUGGGUGCCUCCCAACUUACGGUUCGAAGUCGACGAUUAUAACAAGGAAUGGACAUAUAAGGCUAAUUUCUUCGACUUCGUCCAUAUUCGCUGGCUGACCGGUACGGUUAAGGACUGGCAUACCCUAUACAAGGAGGCCUACCGCUGUUGCAAACCGGGCGGUUGGAUUGAGCAUAUAGAUGCAUCUGGUACUGUUUUAUCAGACGACGGUACAGUAGAGAAGGAUAUGGCUAUGGGCCAAUGGGGUAAGAUCUGGCAGGAAGCUGGAAGACGACUGGGGACUCCGCUCGAUGUUUUCGACCAGAAUAUUCAGGAAGAGGGUUUAAAGGAGGCCGGCUUCGUGAAUAUUUCGAAAAAGACCUACCCGGUUCCUCUGUCGCCAUGGCCUAAAGACAAGAAGUUGAGAGAUGUCGGUCUCUACUUUUACGCUGUCUUGAAUCAAGAUCUCGAGGGCGCCACCCAGUUCAUCUUCGGCAAUGUUUUGGUUGGACUAAGGAGGAGAUUUCUACCUACUGUUCUCACCUCAAGGCCGAGAUCAAGAACCUGA